AUGGCUUCUCCUGCUCUUCGUAAUGUUGCCUCGCAAUGCCGCAAAAUCAUGUGCAUUGGCCGAAACUACAUGUUGGGUAACAAGAAGCCAGCAAACCCUUUCUUCUUUCUGAAGCCGCCAUCAUCCAUUCUUCUCAAGGGCGAUGGUCCUAUUCUGCGUCCCAGAGGUGUCAACGUUCAUUACGAGGUCGAGCUAGGCCUUGUCAUGGGCCGCAAGGUCAGAGACCUCGACCCUAACGACACCCAGGCUGCUUACGACUCCAUUGAGAGUUAUCUUCUCACCAUUGACAUGACUGGACGCAACGUCCAAGAAGAGGCCAAGAAGAAGGGUCUGCCUUGGAGCAUUGCAAAGGGCUUUGACACCUUUCUCCCAAUCGCCGGUCCUAUUACCAAGUCCAAGAUCCCUGACCCUCACAACAUUGAGUUGUUCUUGAGCGUCAAUGGCGAGAUGAAGCAGAACGACAACACCAACCUCAUGCUCUUCCAAAUCCCCAGACAACUGGCCGACAUCAGCAGAGUCAUGACUCUCGAGAAGGGCGACAUCAUCUUGACUGGUACCCCCAAGGGUGUGGGUUCUGUAAAGACGGGCGAUGUUAUCAGAGCUGGCAUGCGUAUUGACGGCAAGGAGGUUGAAGAAGCUAGCAUUGAGGUUGAAGUCAAGGAUCGCGAGGGUCCCUACGAGUUCAGCGAGACAUAG